AUGUUCUUGACUGUGCACCGAUUUAUUGCCAACAUUGCGACUUUAAACGCUGCCAUCCUAGGAAGCUUAGUGUUUCCGCACCCCUACCAUUUGGUAGAUUUGAGCCCUUGGCCAGCAAUGACCAGUUUAUCUCUGCUAUGCCUAGCUUGUGGUUUAGUACUCUACUUUCAUCAAUAUCCCGCGGGAGGCUUGUUGCUAUGUGUUGCCUUAGUUACUUUGGCUUAUGCGGCGUCUUUGUGGUGGAGAGAUGUGAUUCGCGAGAGCACUCUAGGAUUCCACACGUCUCGAGUCAAAGAGGGAUUGCACUUAGGAAUGAUCCUCUUCAUCGUUUCUGAAGCCGUCUUUUUUGUGGGGGUGCGCCGCCGUGCUGCUAUUCAUGCCGUGGGAGAAAUAACCACCUGCACAGUCUUCGCAUAA